AUGCCUCGAUCCAAACCCAACCCCGACUUCGAAAUCCACGUCGACCCAUCCUGCCUUAGUGCCCCAAUGGACGAAGAAACCCAACCUCACACUACCGAGCAGAACGAGAACACAGACGCACAUAUACGCGUAGACGACACGGCCUCGGUAGAGGGGGCAGCCUCUCCAGAGACGACUAGUACCCUACCAGAGGCGCCCUCCGCCGCUCCAGAGAACCUCGAAGCUGCAGAGGCGAAUCCCAAGCAUGACGAAGAAGAAACUGGUGCCGAACAUCUUGAAGAGUCCGAACUAGAACAGGACCCAUCCGCUGUUGGGAUGGAGGGAAAAUCUUCAACAAUCGAAACAGACAUCGCCGCGGCCGACAAGUCUGAUCAUGAUCACGAAUCCCACGUGCACCCCAGCAUCGAAGAGGACAUACUAGACACAGCUCAAGAGGGUGAAUCACCGAGGGGUCUAUCCUCGCCGCGAAGAACGUCGAAGCGGACUGAGGCCAUGAUCCGAGCCGCUGCUCGUGACAUCCUCGAACACAUAGAUGAUCAUAAGAAUGACAAGGCGGGGGACAACGAUGAAGAGACCGGAGACAUCUCAGUACUUAGUGAGAGAACGGGCGAAUCCUACGAUCCACACGACGCCGAACAUUCCUACACCGAACAGUCUGAGAGUGGUGACGGCGAUGAUGCGUCGCAUAUCUCUCACAACCCGACAGCGGACGCAGGAGGCGAUAGCAGCUCACAACACGAAGUCACGGACGACGAGACCUUCAGCGACAAGAGCCCUCGUAGCUCUUUGGGAUCUUACGACGGUGGAUCGGAGUCGGGGAAGAGAAUAGAUGCGGACAACAUGACUACGGUCACCAGGUCUCCGCGCAUCUCGGACAUAUCCCAGUAUGACAAGGAGGACUUCGUUCCCACCGCCCGAGGUACACCUCGACCUCCCUUUCGAACACCUUCCGACGUGCGAGCAAUGCAAAUGUCCUCGCCCACUCCGUCCCUGAUCGGCUCUCCUCGCUCUCCUCGAUCAACCAAGAGGCAUUUCCCGACAGUGUCGAGACUAGGGACGCCCACGGCCUCUACACAGUAUUCUCCCAAGGGCAAGUCCACGCCGCCACGAUUCAAGACCAAACAAGAGGCCCCCCUCGUGCUACUACACGUGACAUUACUACCUCUCCGAUGGAUGUGGGGCGACUUGGUCAACAACCUAGACCCGACCGAAAUGAGUGAGCAGGCCAAGACACUGCGAGACGCGUGGCAGAUGUUGCAGGAUCGCGUUGGAGACACGGUCAUCGAGAGAGGUAUUCUGCUAGGCCAUCCUCAGAAUGACUAUGAGGUUCUUGAGGAGCGCCUACUUGAAGCCCUCGAACUGCCAGUUCGUCGACGGGCACGGAUCCUGGAAUGUGGCCACUACCUAGGCCCGUCAAAUGAGAUCACUAUGGGCGAAGAGGAGGAGAGUGAGGAUGAGUACGGACAAGAACGGCGUCAGUCGGCAUACAAACGCCACUGGUGCGGGACUUGCAAGAACGAGAUACAGUACGAUGCUCUGGGCACAAGCAAGAUCUUCCGCGUCAAAGUCUAUGCUAGUAACGGACUGAUGCGGGCUGGCGCUUGGGCAGCAUGCUGGAAGGAGAUGGAGCGUGUCGAUGCUGAGUUGGAGCCGAUUGUCGACCCUGCUGUGCAGAACGAGAUUGUCCGUCUCGCGGCUAGUCAACGCGAGCGUGAGUUAUCGCACCGGGAGGAGGCGGAGAUUGUCAAGGAAGUGGAAAAGCAAUUCGAAGAGGAGCUCAAGAACGAGCAAGCUGGUCUGCUGCACGCUCAAGACGAGGUACCGACAAACCACCUCGAGCCAGAGCCGGCGUUGGAGCCUACCCCGGAGCCUACCCCGGAGCCUAUCCCGGAGCCUACCCGUCCUUCUCGCUCGGCGCGUCGUCGUCAGCGGGAUGAAGAACGGCUUCGGGAGAUUUAUGAAGACACCCCGCCUCCCCCUGAAACGCAUGCUGAGGCACCGCCCUCGCACGAGCAUCGUCAUCCGGACUCUUACAUCCCACCACCGUCGCCUCGGUCACCCUCUCAGGAUGCUUACGAGAGAAGAGAGGCCAAGAGACAAAAUUACCAGGGCGCAUCACUACCUCAGCUUCUUCUUGAAGCCCUGCGAGUCUUGGUGCAGGAUCGCAAGAACGUGGCCAUUAUCGCUCUCAGUGUCUUUGUUCUGAUGCUUGCACUCCGAAGUGCCCCUUCGCAACAAUCCUACGAGCCGAUUAUCAGUGGGAUAAAGGAUGUUCCCAAAAUGCAUCAAGCUCCGAUCCUUGAGACACCACAGCCUGUUGCUCAACAGCAGAGUCAGCUCCCUAACGUAGAGUCGAAGGUGGAAGUUCAGAACCACCAAGAGUACUCAGAGUCACAGCAGUCCGCUACAGAGGUGGAAUCUGUGUAUUCUGCACCUGGUCACGGAAGGGUUGCAGAUAGUGUAUCUCAGCCUAUCCCAGUGCAGGAUGCGGCGACUGCGGCGCAAAGUGUGUCGACAGUUUAUGGACCUUGUGAGACACCCAUGGCUUCUCAGCAGACAACUGCUAGCCAGGUCGCGUCCGAGGUGCCCUACUCAGAGGAGACCGAGACGGUUACGCAGAAGAAGGUCGUAAGGGUUGUUCAGACUGUGACCGAGACGGAGGCCGAGACCGAAACCGCUGUCGAGACUGUUACGGUUAAGGCUACGCCUAUCCCCGAGUCAGCUACGCCGUCGGUUGUGGAAGAAAUGGUGGCAGAUGAGAACGUGGAGGGGGGCGAAGAGCUGAUGGACGAACUGGUCGAUGAACAAACUGCCCUUUCCGAAGAGGUGGAUGACCAAGCUGGCGUUUCUGACGAGGUGGAUGGCUUUCUCACAUUCAACAUGGGAUCUGAAGCCGAAGCUAUGCCUGAGGAUGUCGGCGAGGAAGUCUAA